AUGCCUUUACAAUUGGCCUGUAUUAAUGAGAAUCAUAUUGCAGUUGUACAAUAUUUGAUAGAUAGAGGCGCCGAUGUGAAUGCACAAAAAUGGUCUAAAAAACAUAGUGUUGAUAAAUCACAAGCAGUAGCGGGCGCCACAGGCUCCACAGCACUUCAUGUUGCAUGUGCCAAUGGAUGUACAAAAAUUGUUGAUUUACUAUUAAGAAAUGGAGCUAAAACAAAUGUUCGAGAUAAGUACAGUUCUCGACCAGUAGACGUAGCCGCCGCCAAGAAUCAUACAGAAAUUGUCCGCCUUUUGGAAACUUUCGAAUCGAUGGAAAUGAUGUUACAAGGUUUACAAGAGGGGAAAGAUCAUCAGCAACACAAUAGACAGCAGAUAACUAAAUCAUCCAAAAGAGAUCGAUUAAGAAGGCCUAGUUUACCCUGUGUCAUUGAAGCACAACAACAAGGAUUAGAUAUACCUGAUAUAUCCACUUUGCCGCCACCGAGACGUAGUUUCAACGUAUCAGUGAGACCUUCACCUGAAGAGCUU